UCAAUCUCGAAUCUCGCAGUCGCAAACAGUAAUCUGUGCCUGUGAAUAACUCCGACAAUUUUAAAGAUAAGUGUUGUCAGCAUUUAACUUUUUGCUCUAUCUACCGAGAGCAGAAAUUUUGCAUAAAUUCGCCAUGUCAGCCAAGCAGAGGUCUAUCAGCGACUUUUUUAAGGCCGCUACCAAUAAGAGACUCUCUUCAGAAGUCACUGAGAAUAUUUUGCCAUCAACGAAAAAAGUCAAGGUCGAUGAAGAUUUGUCCAAAGUUAUCGAGGACAUGUGCAAGGAGCACAAAGUGUUGCAAAAGAGCAUCUGUCCCAGCUGGUUCUCAACUCUGCAACCUGAAUUCAAUAAGCCUUACUUUGCCAAGCUGAGCAACUUUGUUGAAAAUGAGAGGAAGACAAACAAAAUCUUUCCACCAGCAAAUGAAGUUUGGUCCUGGACAUGCGUUCCAUUUGAGGAUACAAAGGUUGUCAUCCUUGGCCAGGACCCCUAUCAUGGAGAAAGACAGGCCCAUGGCCUCUGCUUCAGCGUUCAGAAGGGAAUUGCUCCACCACCAAGCCUGCUCAACAUUUACAAAGAGCUGGAGAGUGACAUUGAUGGUUUCACGAGACCAGGCCAUGGAAACUUGAGUGGCUGGGCCAAGCAAGGAGUUUUGCUCCUCAAUACUGUGCUCACUGUCAAAGCCCACAAUGCCAAGUCGCAUGCUGACCAAGGCUGGGAAACUCUAACCGACGCUGUGAUCAAAAAGAUCAGUGAAAAGUUAAGGGGCGUUGUGUUCCUCCUUUGGGGAGCGCCAGCCAUCAAGAAGUCUGCCUUCAUCGACAAGAACAAACAUCACAUUUUGACUGCUCCGCAUCCCUCUCCUCUCUCAGCUCACAGAGGAUUCUUGGGCUGUCACCACUUUUCCAAGUGCAAUGAGCUCCUGAAAAAGCAAGGCAAGAAUCCUAUUGACUGGAAAAAUCUACCCUGAACAUGUUCCUAGAUACAGCUGCCCUUGUACUAUGCAGAAGAGACAGUUAGAUGAAAUUUCCCUUAAAUUUAACUGGAAGUGAGCAGGAGGUAGGCUAUUUGAUUUAGAGAUUCACAACCUAAUUAUGGGUUCGUUCCACUCUAACAUGCAAUUUUCUAGCUUCUAACAUGUUCACUUAAGCAAUGUUUACGUGAAGCACCAGUCCAAAAUUUAUUUAAUUCAAAAUCUGUUCCAUCAAGAUGACUUUUGGUACUUAAAAUCUCCUUGGCGAGAAAAAUUGAUUGAUGGGUUAUUUUUUACAUUUUACGCUUUAAAAUUAUUGUGAAAAACUUAAGUCGGGUUUAACUUUAUAAAUACAAAAAAUUAACUUUAAUUCACAUGAGCUAAUAAAUUUUGCUGUGUUUUUCGUAUAUAAAUCUUUUCUGAUAUUAUAAAUUAUAUUUAAAUCUCAUCAAAUUAAAAAAAUAAUCUAUAAUUAAGAAUUAAAUCUUUCAAUAAAAUGCUAUAUAUUUUACCUAAAUAGUUUACAAUUCACUACAAAUAUUUUUAUUCAAAAAAUUUCAAUUUGUUGACAAGCUGAAAGUCGUAAACUUGUUUGAUCUAAAUUAGGUUUUGCUGGAAUUAAUAAAAUUACACAUCGUUUUAUUUAGAUAGUAAAGAAGUCUGAUUGCAAAAUUUCAAUAUGAUUAGAUAAAUAUUCUUGUUUUUAAUAAUUUCAAAAAUGGAAGUCCCCGUAAGACGCUUUACUAAAGCCUGGCUUUGUAGCUUGGAAUUGAUCUAGAUUAAAAAUUCUUAUUUGCCAUUAUUUUUAUUUUAAAUAUAAUGCAAAACAGUAGCAUGUUAAGAGUGGAACAAAGCCAAGGUUGCCUUGACAGUGAAACUGCCGCCUUGUUCUUUUCUCAUGGUUUUAUUAAAAAAGGAGAUGUACAUGUUGAUUACAAACACUGUUGAUUUUUAGUCUAGGUCCUUUACAAAAAUCACUCCGCUAACAUGCAACACACUUCAUCGUGAGUACACACUGUAAUUGGUUUCUCUGCAAAAUAAAAUGCUCCUUUUUGCUUUGCCCUGCUAGCGGA